AUGGCUUCAAAACCCUUCCCUCAGAAGGGCAUCGAGCCAUUACAUGCUUCAACGUCAACUACCAUUGCGGCAGAUCAAUACGAAUUCAGCGAUGAUUUCUCGGACGAAACAGAAACCAUGACAGUUCCUCAUAUAUCAGAUGAGGAUGCACAAUCUAUCAUCGGAGUUUCACUCAGUCAUGCAGCUUCACGUUUGAGAACUUCGAGAACACCUGCUGCAGAGAAGGCUGCCGCCAUGGAUAAUUUGGAAGGAGGUUAUUUUGACAGCGACCCGGAGACUCCGCUAGCAUUAGAGCCAACUGCGAAUGGGCCAUUCGAUGAAGAGUUACCAACAACUACAAAGGGGGAAGGAUUGUCAUUGGAGACAUCACCAUCACCGAACCUUUCACACAAACCACUUCCUGCUCUACCUCUGCCAUCUCCUCCUUCGCCAUGGCGGGCAGGACCGAAGCCAAUUGUCGUUACAGAACCACCAAAUGAUAAUCGCACAUCAGCAAUGGCUAGUGUAUUCAAUAACGGGAAUGGGAGGAAGCGUCAAAGUUCAUUAUCUAGUAGUGCUGAUGCGCUUAAAAAACUGCUGCCAAAGGGGCUACCUUCAAUGGCUCAAGUAGGAAACUUAUUUAGUACAUCAACGAGCUCGAAUCAUAAGUCUCGGUCAUCUUCAAUUAAAAGGCGAGGGCAAUCAUCUACGAAUAACAAUCAGGUAAAGGGGCACCUCACCACUCAAUACCAUCCAUCACAACGUCAUAGCCAUUCACAACUUCAGAAUGCGAGUAUAGCGAGCAAUAAUAACACAACAGAAAGGCCAUUGGUUCUUCGCAGAGCAACAUCUGAUGAUUCAUUACUAUAUCAUAGCUUAUCUCGAAGUUCCUCACUAGGUGAUGAUACACGAUUCGAAAAUCACCGCGAACAAGUUAAUUCUCGAGUCAAAGCUAUCAGAGACUCUUUUCAAGAUCGAUCGACUUUCCGAAUGCCACAACUUCCCAGUAUGCCAAGUAUGCCCCGCGUACCCAGUUUUGGCUUUAGCAUGAACUUUUUGAAUUCCAGCCCAGCGUCGUACAGAUCAAGGUCAAUUACUGAUGCACAUUCAGACGUAUUACCAGCAGUUAUAAAAAAGAAACCACUCGAAUCGAGUCCCUCCUUUUCGAAAUCCGAUUCAUUUUUUGGUGGUGAGAAUACUCGGUCGUCGACGAAACCUACAAGCGCUUUGGAUAAGGCUAUGGAACAUUUGACGGGCGAUGUCGUAAUUAUGGGUGGAUAUCGAGGAUCGAUACUCCGAUCUGCUAAAGCACCAAAUCAUCAACUUUGGGUGCCUGUCAAGGUAGGACUUAAUCUCCGUAAAGUGGACCUGGAAGUUGGUUUGGAUCCAGAGGACGAGGAAAGAAUGGAAGAAAAUAUAAUCCCAUCUGGGAUGCUUAAAAACAUUGGACCAGUGGAUAUAUCUAGGCGCUUAUUCAAACGACUUCGCAGUUGCGAAAAUGCACAAAAUGGGAAACUCAGAGUAUGGGAUUAUGGAUAUGAUUGGAGGUUAAGUCCGCAUCUUUUAAGUAGAAAGCUGAAAGCCUUCUUGGAGACAUUACCAUCCAAUCAGCCAGGUCCUAAUGGAGAAAAGCCCACUGGCGCUCUGGUGAUUGCUCAUUCAUUGGGGGGCUUGAUCACGAGACAUGUUGUGAAUCGGAAGCCUGAGUUGUUUAGUGGAGUUAUAUAUGCUGGUGUUCCACAAUCAUGUAUAAACAUUCUUGGCCCCUUUAGAAAUGGAGAUGCUGUUCUAUUGAGUUCAAGAGUAUUAACCGCUCAAGUCAAUUUUACACUACGGACUAGUUUUGUACUCCUUCCUGAAAAUGGGGAGUGUUUCUUUGAUCUCCACACAAGAGAAAGAUAUCCCGUCGACUUUUUCAAUUUGGAUGAUUGGAUCAAAUAUCGCUGGUCACCUGUUACAGAUCCACCACUACCACCAAUCUCUCAAUCUGGUAGUGGACUUGGCAGUAUUCUCAAUCUUCAACUACCAAACAGUCUAUCAAAUCUAACGAUAACUGGAAAGAAAACUGGCUCAGGUUCAAACUCGGGCUCGGGCUCCGGUACAAAUACCCCUCAACCUUCUUCACCAUACCUCGGCUCUAAUUCUCGCAACGAAAAUGAUGAUCGAUAUCAAUCAACCGAUCAAUCCAAAACUAGUCGAGCAGCAGAAGCUCUCCGUGGAGUAGAUGGUACGGAUCGUACCCUUGCACCUCAAAUGGGUAACUCCCUUGGUAAAUCUUAUAACCCCGCUCCCUCGGUCUCCACUCUUGUCACUCUUCCCCGCGACAAAGCAAUUGCCUAUCUACGACGUACGCUAGUCGAAACACUUCAAUUUAAAAAGGAACUUCAUCACAGACCCGACAUCUCGGAAGCAAAUCGCUACCCUCCGUUAGCAGUCAUUUAUGGAAAGUCGAUACCCACGGUUUAUGGAGCGAAGGUCGCGGGUAAAGAAGGGAUCCCGUGCGCAGACGUUUAUGACAAUCUGGCUUUUGCAAGUGGGGAUGGAGUUUGUCUAGCGAAAGAGGCAAUGUUGCCAGAAGGCUAUCAGUUGAUUAAGGGAGGGAAGGUCAGGAGUGAUAGAGGGCACGUCACUUUGUUAGGGGAUUUGAAUGCGGUGGGGAGAGCAAUGGAGGUGAUCAGAAAGGGCAGAGGAAAAGGUAUUGGAUUAGGGGUUUCGCAGGGCUGA